CAAGUGGUCAGUGCCAGUGACGUCAGGCCAAAGUAGGCCACCACCACCCAUCGCUACCGCUUUAGCCAGCCAACGCCGCCCUGCGCAUCCGCGUCAUGGCCACCUCCUGUCGGCAGAGCAGAGUCCUGCCCAUGUCCUUGCCCCUGCCCCUGGCCAUCCCGCUGCCCCUGGUGCUGGUGCUAUCGCUGCACCUGUCCGGCGUCUGCGGCGUCAUCGAUCGCCUGGUCGUGCAGACAUCCUCCGGACCCGUGCGCGGUCGCUCCGUGACGGUGCAGGGCAGGGAGGUGCAUGUCUACACGGGCAUCCCCUACGCCAAGCCGCCCGUCGAGGACCUGCGCUUCCGAAAGCCGGUUCCCGCGGAGCCCUGGCACGGUGUCCUCGACGCCACACGGUUAUCCGCCACCUGCGUCCAGGAGCGUUACGAGUACUUCCCCGGCUUCUCCGGCGAGGAGAUCUGGAACCCCAACACCAACGUGUCCGAGGACUGCCUCUACAUAAAUGUCUGGGCGCCGGCAAAGGCCCGACUUCGCCAUGGGCGGGGUGCCAACGGGGGCGAGCACCCCAAUGGCAAACAGGCGGACACUGACCAUCUCAUCCACAACGGAAAUCCGCAGAACACGACCAACGGACUGCCGAUUCUGAUCUGGAUCUAUGGCGGUGGCUUCAUGACCGGAUCGGCCACCCUGGACAUCUACAAUGCGGAUAUCAUGGCCGCCGUGGGCAAUGUGAUAGUGGCCUCCUUCCAGUAUCGAGUUGGCGCAUUUGGGUUCCUGCACCUGGCGCCGGAAAUGCCGUCGGAGUUCGCGGAAGAGGCGCCCGGCAAUGUGGGCCUAUGGGAUCAGGCACUCGCCAUUCGUUGGCUGAAGGACAACGCCCAUGCUUUUGGCGGAAAUCCGGAGUGGAUGACCCUGUUCGGGGAGUCGGCUGGAUCCAGUUCGGUGAAUGCCCAGCUCAUGUCGCCGGUGACCAGGGGCCUGGUCAAGCGGGGCAUGAUGCAGUCGGGCACCAUGAACGCCCCCUGGAGCCACAUGACCUCCGAGAAGGCCGUGGAGAUCGGCAAGGCGCUGAUCAACGACUGCAACUGCAAUGCAUCCAUGCUGAAGACCAAUCCCGCUCACGUGAUGAGCUGCAUGCGUUCCGUGGACGCCAAGACCAUAUCGGUGCAGCAGUGGAACUCCUACUCGGGCAUCCUCAGCUUCCCCUCGGCGCCCACCAUCGAUGGUGCGUUCCUGCCGGCGGAUCCCAUGACGCUGAUGAAGACGGCGGAUCUGAAGGACUACGACAUCCUGAUGGGAAAUGUCAGGGAUGAGGGCACUUACUUCUUGCUGUACGAUUUCAUCGAUUACUUCGAUAAGGACGAUGCCACGGCCCUGCCACGGGACAAAUACCUGGAAAUUAUGAACAACAUUUUUGGCAAGGCAACGCAAGCGGAACGCGAGGCCAUCAUUUUCCAGUAUACCAGUUGGGAAGGCAAUCCUGGCUAUCAGAACCAGCAGCAAAUCGGACGCGCCGUGGGCGAUCACUUCUUCACCUGCCCCACCAACGAGUAUGCCCAGGCUCUGGCGGAGCGAGGCGCCUCCGUGCACUACUACUACUUUACACACCGCACAAGCACCUCGUUGUGGGGCGAAUGGAUGGGCGUGCUGCACGGCGAUGAGAUCGAGUACUUCUUUGGCCAGCCGCUGAACAACUCCCUGCAGUAUCGACCUGUGGAGCGUGAGCUGGGCAAGCGUAUGCUCAGUGCGGUCAUCGAGUUUGCCAAGACGGGAAAUCCCGCACAGGAUGGCGAGGAGUGGCCCAACUUCUCCAAGGAGGAUCCCGUCUACUAUAUUUUCAGCACCGACGAUAAGAUCGAGAAAUUGGCCAGGGGUCCUUUGGCGGCUCGCUGCUCGUUCUGGAACGAUUACUUGCCAAAAGUCAGGAGUUGGGCAGGUACUUGCGAUGGCGAUUCGGGAAGUGCUUCCAUAUCCCCGAGGCUCCAGCUCCUUGGAAUCGCUGCUCUGAUCUACAUCUGCGCCGCAUUGAGAACCAAAAGGGUUUUCUAAAAGAAAACCACUCCCGGAAAAUACGACAUAUACACACACACUGGAACACACACACACACCCCAUCACAGCCACAACCAUACACACUUAAAGUUAGAACACGUAUAUUAAUAAAAUGUAGCAAACAGAGGGAAACUAAAUUUUUAGUAGGCGCAGACAUUUGUGUAGGAGCAGGUGAUUUGUUUACAGAACUUAGUAGGAUCGGUUUGAGCAAUUCGAUGGCAAUUGCUGAACAUUUGUAAAUUGAACUUAGAGCUCUACGCACCCCUAGGCAGUCAGAUGGUCGGGCAGGGUCCUUUGAAGGACUCUGGACAUCCUGGCCAGACUCCAGAGACCACUGUAGCCACAUGCCACUUGCCACGCGCCAUAGGCCAGGCCCAAACCAAAUUGUUUUUUGUGGAGCACAAUGCUAAAUCGCUUAAUUUGAAAAAUUGGCCAAGGGAUGGGCGGAAUUUUUGAUAAAUAUUAAUGCAGAUAGAACUCAAAUGUUUGUCAUUUUGCCUUUGUGGCAGCCAAAAAGAAACAAAGUUUACAGAUACUCGUUUACCGAACGGAAAACUCGCUCAGAUGACAGACACUUUUUUGCCAUGCCCACAUUCUUGAGCGAUAUUUGAGCGCAUUUAAUGGCACAAUUUUAGCAUUCAGUUCAAACCGAAAAAAGUCCUUGUUGCCUGAAGAUAGUUGGCCAAAUUGCAUUGGUUUCAUGCUUAGGUGAGGGUUCGUUUGAUUUCGAUUCACAUUCCAAAGGAAAACUACACUCGAAAAUUGUAACCACUCGAUUCUUAUGAGAAAACCCAAAUGGACAUUUUCGGAAAAUCAACAAUUGUAUUGUACAAAAAUUGGCAUUGGUUUAUUAGAAGAAGAAAACUAGAAGUUAAAACCAAAAAAAAAACGAGGAAUAGUAGCCCCAAAUCAAGCACUACACAAGACAAAUUUUUUCGAAACGAACAAAGCGAAACAAAUUGAACAAAUUGUAAUAAAGAAUCGAUCGAAAAUGAGAUUUAAGCGUAGUACGGGGCAAAGACGAAGAUGAUAUUUAUAAUGCAAAACAUAUCAGUAUAUUAUUGUAUUUGUACUAAACGUUUUACAAAUUGGCUUAGUGAGAAAAUUGGACGGAGGAAGAUGAAAUGAUUUAAUACUAAAUAAUGGUAAUUAGAAAUUUUAUACACAUAGCGAAAUUGGAUCAAUGAUUAACACAAAACGUAUUGUAUGAUGAGUAACGUAUAUGUACUUGGUAUGUCUAUAUCUAUAAAUAAAUAUUGUUCAAAACGUAAAUCCAAAAAAUGAAAGAUCAUUGUCAACCCUAGAGUUCAGUGUGUGUCGCAGACUAAAUGAGAGAUAAUGAGUAAAAGUAAAAGUAAACGUAAACGUAAUCGUAAUUGUAACCCGUAAUCGUAACCGUACUCUGUAAUCGUAUUAAAGGCAUAUCAAUAUGUAUUAACUAUGGAAAUCGAAAACCUUUCGAAAUUUAUUAAGGUAAGCCACACUGAUAUUAAUUAAGUUAUUUUUAUCAACAAUUAUUAUAAUACCACACACUAUCUGAUAAUACAUAGAUUCAAAAAGUAUUAGACUUAUGAAGAACAACAACAUUAACUGUUUGCUAACAUUUGAAAGUUUUAAAACCAACCAAUAAAUAAGAAAACCCUAAACCCUAAACCAAAAGUAAAACCACAUGGGAAACCCAAUCAAAUAAGCGAUUAUUGAAUUGUAUUGUAUUAGGUAUGAACUGUGGUCGAGGCCUACUGAGCGAUGUUCGCUUUCAACUGUAGCAUCUAGGAAAAUUUAUGUGACCCUCUAGCCAGGUGACGAAUGCACUUAGGACACUGUAUUCGAUUCCGUUAUAUCUGAUACUACUCGUACUCAACACCAAUGCAAGCAACGAUAGCAAGCCACUCACUUAGAAAUCUCCCCAUAGUUAUACGACAAUUGCACCACGAUUAACGAAUAAUUCAACAAUUGAGCGAGAAGCGAAAGGGAAGAAUCAGCAGAUCCACAAGGCAUUCCUAAGUUAUGCAUUACUUUAAAUACUUCUUAAAGGGACAAACAACAAGACAAGAACAACUAACAAAACGAAAACAAGCAAGCAAACAAACAAAUAAUAACACUGCAUGAUGCAAAUUAAUAACUUAAACAAAAGGAUUUUUUAAAUAUAUGUGGAACAUUUAUAUUUUUAUACCAUGCAAGAAGCGAAAUGAAAACAAAAACCGAAAUUGCGUAAAAAGGAAGUAUUAACAAACGAUAAAUAACUUUAAAAUUUUGUACUAAUCCAUUGUCUAAAACUGUGGACACGAAAAUGUGUGAGACGAACUCCAAGAUGACUAGCUUUAAUCCCUAUUCCCUAUCCCUAUGAUUGCACCACGUUCGCCUCUUAACCGAAAUACCGAUAAAAAAAAUGGAAAAAAAAGUAAAUAAACCUAGGUAUAUAAAGUAAACGAUUCCAAGACUAGACUUGAAAGUUAAUCCAUUCAGUAGAGACGAGUGGGCCAAAGCGAGUGCUGCCUGUGACCCGAUCACGCCCACUUGGCCGGCCUCCAAGGUCAGGUGGGAUCACGAGGUCAGAGGUCAUCAGAGGCAGUAUUUACUGUGCGUCCACUCACGGUGAGCAUAGAGUUAAUGAAUAUCACACAGAAAAUACACCAGUUUACCGUGUAUUAUGCCUUCUGCCUUCGAAAAAAAAGAGAAGUGAAAAGUACUCAUUCUACGACUACGUUGAUAUUACCAUUUAUAUGCAUUUCCAACCUCCCCUCUUAUUUUCGUCUCACCCGAAAUUAGGAAUAUUUUUUUGUCAUUUUGCAUGGUUUUCGGCUCAAGCCAAAGAAUUGACAAUAUAAUAUUUCGCCUUAGAAGCAAAGGAGCAAACGAAUUAAAGACAAAUUCCAAGUGUUAUGCUUAUAGAUCUAAAUUUUUAUACAUGGACAUGGACACUUCGUCGUCUGAUUUUUUGGUAAACGUGCACUAAUCGCUACUCGUAUGAUUUGUACAGAUUAUUGCUUUCGUUGCGGUUCUUCCAGGUCAUCUUUAUAAAGUAUAUUAUAUAUAUAUUAAUGUAAACGAUAGGACAACCACACACACGCACCCACUCACUCUCACACGAACACAUCUCAGUGUGCUUUUGCUGUAGUAGUCUGCCAAUUGUAAAAGAAUUUAUAUAUAAACGAAUCGAAACGGAAACGGAACCACUCAUAUUCUAAUUUAUGAUAAUAAUGAAAGCAUGCUGGUCACACUUAAACACACACGCAUACCCCCACAAGCCAACACACAUGCACACACAGCCAGAAACUCUUCAUAGAAGGACGAAGCGUAGGAAUAGGAAAUACAUACAUGAGCAGGAUCCUUAGACGGUUAAUGUGUUUGUGUUUUGUAUAAAACAGCGACACCCAAACCGGUGUAGAGGAAACAUAGUUCAAGUUUUUGUUUAUUGUGUAUUAAGAACAAGUUAAAAAUUGUAUCAGCUACGACAUCUGAUAAUAAAAUCGAAAUCUAGGUGGUAGACAAAACUCUCUGUACAAUGUAAUAAAUAUGUUGAUUGCUAUACAAUAGACUACAAUACACACUCACAGAAAGCAAGAAAAAUAUAAAUCUGAAUCUGAUAAAGUUAAAAUACCAUAAAACUGAAGAAACCAGGCACAGAAAUGCAUUUGACAUCACAACAAUUCUCACAAUUAGUCUUAAAGGCAGAGGAGAGGUUUAGUAACUUAAAUACAGAGUCUUUUAUGUAUAAAAAUCAAAUACAUAUCAAUAUAUGGCCUAUGGUUUAUUUAGUUUAAUUAUAUAUUAUGAAUAGCACACUCGAAAGCAGCAGGUGUGCAGUAAGGCUCUGAUUUAUGACUUUUUAAGUAGGCAAUUUGUAAAAAUUAAGCAGCAAGCAACACAAUACAAGCAGAUACAAGCCAGAGAACGGAAAACAAAACAAAUUGUGGUUAAAUAUGUGUUCUUACUUGUUAGUGGUAAUAAAACAAAGGUAAAAGUUUAACAAACGCAAAUUAAGCAAACCAAACUGUAAUUAUAACUGUUAGCUUUUAAUCAUGCCAAGCAUUUUCCGUUCGAUUCCCCCGAAUUUCGUUGCGAAAACUCGCUUGAAACCCUAUGUUUUCACUUAGAACACACGGAUUAGCUUAUAUUGCAAACUGUAGUGGCCCCAAACAACACACUCACACACCCAUGGGAGCACCCACACGACGACAACUGCCCGUUUGAGUAAUGUGUAAUGGCUAUGGAACUACUUAAUGGCUAACAAACACUCGUCGCGGGCAGCACUAAUGCAAAUAAAGUUAAAAGGUAGCUAAAAAUAACAACUAAGACCACUUUUGCUCGAGCAAAAGAGCAAAAGUCACGAGCAGAUCGAAAAUUAAUAAAUCGAAACUCAUAAAAGUGGACACAGACACCCAAACACAUACUCGUGCAGUUAGUACAAUGGCAGCUCCAAAAGUCCUCAUCUUGUGUUCCAAAUUUGAAUAUAUAUUAUAUACAUAUGAUUUGAUGGCGACGCUUUAGUGUUCAGCAAAA